AUGUUGGCCGCAAGCAUUCUCAUUUUCAUCUUCCUUGUAGAAGCAACUACCACUGUUACCUCUCCCAAAAGAAACCACGUUGUACACUGUAUCGAAAGUGAGAAGCAAGCUCUUUUGAGUUUCAAGCAAGACCUUGUUGAUCCUCUCAAUAGGCUAACUUCUUGGGAUUCCAACGGAGAUGACUGCUGCAAAUGGACUGGAAUUGUUUGUGACAACACCACAGACCAUGUCAAACAACUCCAACUGGCUAACUUAUACGAUGAAGGUGCAUUAAGUGGCAAGGGAGAAAUUUCAGAAGCCCUUGACAGGAUGAUAGGUUGCAACCCAAAAAGAAUUACAUCGCUGAGUUUGGAUGGAAAUUUCUUUUCUGGUCAACUAAAAGAUGACAUCAUUGAGAAGUUUGAAAAUCUAACCUCUUUUUCUGCUUAUGGUAAUAUGCUUUCGGGUCUCAUUCCUCAUUCUCUUGGGAAACUAUCAGCAUUAAAAUAUCUAUUUAUUGGUGGCAACCAAUUCAAUGGAUCUCUGCCUGAAAGUUUUGGAUCGCUCUCUGCCUUAGAACAACUUGAUAUUUAUGAGAAUCUUUUGAAAGGUGUUGUGUCCGAAAUCCACUUUUCCAAUCUCACAAACUUGCAAGUUUUAGUUGCUUUUGACAAUUUAUUGACACUAAGAAUGCCAUUCUCAAUUGGUUCUGGAAAUUAUCAACAAGUUUUUCAUACUUGA